UUAAUACAGACCAAUUAAAGUAUAACAAUUUAUGUAAUACUGAUAGUAAAAUUGGCACAGUUAUUCAUUCACAAAGCAUCAAAAUGUCGGAACCUUUCCCUCACGUUGCUGGUACGACACAAUUUCGCAGUGUGCCAUACGGUUUUCGACCUAGCAUUGUGGACAGUGGUUUCUAAAAUUCGUUAAGUUUGGUUGCUGUUGGAGUUUUACUGCAGUUGAACGUAGAUCGUUAUGUCGGACACUUGGAGCGAUAUCCAGGCGCACAAGAAGAAGCUGGACUCUCUGCGGGAGAGGCUGCAGCGGCCCGGGGAUGGCGGCGGCAGCACAGAUGGGUCAGCAGUAAGGAGUGACAGUCCAGCUCCGUCGACUCAGUUCACUUCUCAGGAGGAAGCAGAAAAACCACCAGACCCUGAACUAGAGAGGAGGUUGCUGGGAUAUCUGUCUGAUCUCAGUCUUUCAUUACCUAUAGACUCCCUUGCCAUCACAAAUGAACUCAACAGUUCUGAAUCACCCGUGAGCCAUGGGUGCAUCCACAGUCUGCUGCUCAAAUUCUCUGCUCAGGAGUUCAUUGAGGUUCGUCAGCCCACCUCAGCCUCUUCCUCUACAACCACCACCUCUACAGUUGUUGUAGCAGUGGAUCAUACAAAACUAUGGGCAAUGAUUGGGUCUGUGGCUGGAGCCCAAAGGACUGGAGUUAAGAGAAAGGCAGAAGACCAAACCCACAACAAAAGAGCUGCAGGCUUCUCGCCCUCACUACAGAGCUCAGCUUCCCCUCCGCCCACCUCUUCCAUCUCUCUGACACCGGUUUCCUCCUCACACCUGAUGGGGCAGUCGGCCUCAGGGAGUGGGGCUGAGAAGAAGGGGAGGAACAGUAAAACUCAGUCGUCUCAUGUGGACAUGGAGAUCGAGAGCCUCCUGAACCAACAGUCCACCAAGGAGCAGCAGAGCAAGAAGGUGAGCAGAGAGAUUCUUGAGCUGCUCAACGCCAGCACUGCCAAGGAGCAGUCCAUCGUGGAAAAGUUCAGGUCUCGCGGCCGUGCUCAGGUUCAAGAGUUCUGCGAUCACGGGACCAAAGAGGAGUGUGUACGCUCAGGAGACACACCUCAACCAUGCACCAAGUUACACUUCCGUCGCAUCAUCAACAAGCACACAGAUGAGAGCCUCGGUGACUGCUCCUUCCUCAACACGUGUUUCCACAUGGACACCUGCAAAUAUGUCCACUAUGAGAUUGACAGCCCUCCAGAAGCCGAGGGGAGCCUGCUGGGGCCCCAGGCCGGGACCACUGAGCUUGGUCUCCAUGCGGGAGACACCGACAGCAAUGUGGGCAAACUCUUCCCCGCACAGUGGAUCUGCUGUGAUAUCCGCUACUUGGACGUUUCAAUUCUGGGUAAGUUUGCUGUGGUGAUGGCCGACCCUCCGUGGGAUAUCCACAUGGAGCUGCCCUAUGGUACUCUGACUGAUGACGAGAUGAGAAAGCUCAACAUCCCGAUCCUGCAGGACGAUGGCUUCCUCUUCCUCUGGGUCACCGGGAGGGCUAUGGAGUUGGGCAGAGAGUGUCUCAGUCUCUGGGGCUAUGAGCGUGUCGAUGAAAUCAUUUGGGUGAAAACCAACCAGCUUCAGAGAAUCAUUCGCACUGGUAGGACAGGCCACUGGCUGAACCACGGGAAAGAGCACUGUCUGGUGGGUGUCAAGGGAAACCCUCAGGGAUUCAACAGAGGUUUGGACUGUGAUGUCAUUGUAGCUGAGGUUCGCUCCACCAGCCACAAGCCAGAUGAGAUCUACGGCAUGAUAGAGAGACUGUCGCCCGGCACCAGGAAGAUCGAGCUGUUCGGUCGACCCCACAACGUCCAACCGAACUGGAUAACUCUUGGAAACCAGCUCGAUGGCAUUCACCUCUUGGAUCCUGAAGUUGUGGCUCGGUUUAAGAUGCAAUAUCCAGACGGCGUCAUCUCCAAACCCAAAAACAUGCAGUGAUCAUCAUUCCUCAGUGGUCACAGGUCUGGACACAUUUGUAUAUAGACUUUUUUUUUUUUUUUAUACCAGUGAACUGUUUUUAACAAUUUGCUAACAAGAAAUAUCUGACUUGGUUAGGAAGUGAUCAAAACGAUGUGGAGCAAUGUUCUCAUCAUUUCUUGACAUUACUUUGUGUAUGAUGUAAAUAUUUAAUGGGGGAAAACCUUCACCAUCAUCCAUCAUCAAUAAAAUCACAUGAGACAUGCAUAAUGUACAUUUGUUUUGUUAGUAAAGAAAGUUAUAUUUUCAUGCACUGUACACUGGAAUCAUUGACAGUUUGCAAAGGAUAAUUUUAGGUUGAAAUUUC